AUGUCUCUUAUCAUCGAGAAACUGAACGAUGACACGACCUUCCUGUUCGCCUUCGCGCCAUCGUUCGCGCCAAAGGACACCAAGACCGGCCGCAAGUUCCCAGGCGCGUUUACCAUACUCAUGGACCCGUGGCUGGGUGGGCCAUCAACGAUACUACACCCAAGCUUCCAAGUAGCCAGCCAUACCGGAUCAGCUGUCAUCAAGUCCUUGACAGAGCUCGACCCGCCUCCCGACGUGAUAGUCAUUAGCCAGGACAAACCCGAUCACUGCCAUGAGCCGACGUUGUGUUCUCUACCAAAGGAUACAAAGACGCGAAUACUGGCAACUCCAGGCGCAGCCAAGACGAUCAAGAGUUGGAAGUACUUUGAGUAUGACAUUGUGCACAUCAUGAGACCAUACCACCCGACAAAAGCAGGCGUGCUGACGAAAAUUCGACUGGAGCCGUAUACCUCGAAUAGCUCACCCGGUGAGAUCACGAUUGCGAACAUUCCGACUCGACGCGAUCUUACUGGACUGCAUAAUGCUAUAGGCAUCACAUACCGACCACCAGGCUCACUUCUCAGCACUUUCGGAGACGACACGAUCAGCCUAUCCGACCUAGCUCGCGCGCCGAACAAGAAACACGAAUUGCGAAAAUCCCAAUCAGCAGCCAACGUCUCAAAGUCGACACCGAAGCCAACGGCGACACGCGAACGAUCUGACAGUGCUCCGCGACCAAUUUACCUCGAUCCGCUCGGCAAGACCCAACCUCCACUACCCACCCACACCACCACCACCACCACCACCACCCUCCCCUUCUCUGAACUCAAGCGCGUCGAUUCCAAAAUAUCCCAAAAGACCAGACGUCACCGCGAGAAAACCCUCAGCAUAAUCUACACCCCUCACGGACUAAAUAUGCACACCCUGAACGACUACACAACCCACCAUCUCCACCGCAUCUCCGCCUAUCCCCUCACCGCCCUCUUCCACUGCUGGAACACGGAAGAGAACCCCUGGAUCCUCGGCGGUAAAGUCGCGAACGGUGCACCCAGCGGUGUCGAGGUGGCAGCCGCGAUGGAGGCGAAACAUUGGAUCAGCACUCAUGAUGAGAUUAAGGAUUUGAAGGGUUUUGCUACGAUUUGGUUGAGGAGUAGACGGUAUUGUCAUGAGGAGGUUAUUGGGAUGUUGUGGGAGGCGGAGAGUAGAAAGGAUAGGAAGAGGAGAGACAAGACGAGUUUGAAGGUAAUGGAUGUUGGGGAGAGGUUUAGGAUUGAGGGGUGA